CUUCUGGUUGGCAACACUAAUUUAUUAUAGAAUGGAAAAAGAUUGUUGAAAAAAGUAGCUUAAAAAUAUUUUUUUAAAAAAAUGAGUCAAAUUAGCUAAUUUAUUUAUUUACAAUAUGAAUUUACAAUCAUUAUUUCGUGAUUUUAAUCCAAGUAAAUUUAUUGUACAUUGCAGUUUAUUUACAUUUAUAGCACUAUUCUGCUUAAAACUCGACGGAGAUAUUGAUUGGCCUUGGUAUGCAGUUUUUACACCACUUUGGGUAUGGAAGGGUAUAACAAUAUUAGGAGCAACUGUAGGAGCUAUAGUAUGGUGUCGAUAUCCUCACUAUAGAUUGGAAGGAGAUUCAUAUACACAAUUCAAAGCAAUGCUUAUUUCAUUGUCAUUACAUUUAAUACUGUUAAUGUUCGAACUAUUAGCUUGUGAUCAAUUAACAUCAAAACGUCAUUUAUGGGUAUUGGUAUUUAUUCCUUUAAUAUUUGGCAGUGUUGCUAGUGUCGGAGCAUGUGUUUGGGCUGUUAAACAUGAUCGCUCAUUUGAAUUAGAAUUAUUUUUAGCAGUAAAUGCUUUGCAAUUUGUAUCUUUGCCAUUAAAACUAGACCAAUUUGUUUCAUGGAGUUGGGAAGUUGUUUUCGUACCACUGUGGAUAGUUGUUUGCUUAAGUCUAGUCAGUGUCCUGUAUAAUAUUAUAUUCUGUGGUAUAAUGAUGAGAACACCAGAAAUUUCGUUGCAACAAAAAAAGGCGGCUUUACAUUCAGCUAUAGGUAACGCUUGCACCGUGCUACCAUUAUUAUGUUUUCAGGUCAUAAUUGCAGAUAAAUUGGAAGGCGAAUUAAAAUAUCGUUACAUAAUUAUAUUCAGCCCAUUAUUAGUUGCUGUUUUUACUUUAAUUAUACUGAGCUUUAGUGCAAAAGGUGGUAAUAAAUGGUGGUUUGGUAUUAGAAAAAGCUUUAGUCAGUUUUUAUUAUCUGCACUACCAUUUUUACAAGAAUACGGUAAUAUUGAUAUAUCAUACCACACAGAAACCCAAUCAGCUGGUCAAAAUGUUCCAUUGGAUUCAAAUGUUCAAAUGGAUGAUUUUGAUAGAAAUGAUAAAAAAAGUAGAAAAGGGCUUAAUAAAAAAAUUGAUCACCUUAAACCAGUAGUUCCAAUCAUUAGUAUAGAUAUUCCAGACUGAAUAUAUUACAUUAACAGCAGAUUUUUGUUUUAAUUUGAGUUACUUUAUAAGUGUAAUAAAAAUAGUAAAAAUAUGUUUUAUUUUGUAUUCUUAAAAAAAAAAAUUUGCAAGUUGUUGUUUAGGAAGAAAGCUUUUUA